CAUAUCUUCACGAGGUAGAGUCUUGACCCCCCGGGGACAAAUAUCCCAAUGGUGGACGCGUCUUAACAGGUAGUGGGUAUGUAUCCGAACAUACUGACGCAGACGACGGUGUAUCCAACGCUGCUGAGAUGCCCCAAUGCUGUCAACACUCCUACUUCGUUGUCUCCCGCUUCCAGUCCACCUGCCAGUGCGUCGUUUCUGGUCGAGAAUCUGUUGAGGGACAGAUCCGCCGUCAACGGACAAGGUUACCAAUUAGCGCGACCCGUGGCACUGUCCGCCUGCGGAGUGGACGCCGCGGCUUGCACCACGUGUUCCGGCUGUUGCAACGGUCCCGCCGAAAGUCCCACCAAAUCUGCCAGAGGUGAUACCAAUGGCGCAACACCUUCGUCGCCCUUUCUCAAGUUUGGCGUCAGCGCCAUUCUGGCCGAAUCCAAAAAUAAGUUAUUGACUGCGCAAAACGUCAUCAGCUCCGUGGUGACGGGUGUGACUUCGCCACUUCCCGCUUAUACGUAUUCGGCAGUGGCCAAACCCAUACCGAGAACGUAUCUGGAUUCGCCUCUGCAAUCCCUGGUGGCUUGCAGGCCUCCCUACCUGACAGGUUCUAAUUCGGGCCUAACGGUGACGGGAAUAGCGGGAUAUGCCACCAUGGCGGGAAUGAACGGAGUUAACGGAAUCGCUGGCGUGACCUCGACUUCCGGGGUGACGUUUCCUCUUCCGGCAACUUUUCCCUGGGCUGCGGCGGCCAGAGGUAAGCCCAGGAGGGGAAUGAUGAGAAGGGCCGUUUUUUCGGACGCUCAAAGACAAGGAUUGGAGAAAAGGUUUCAAAUACAGAAAUAUAUCAGCAAACCGGACAGAAAAAAAUUAGCGGAAAAAUUAGGACUGAAAGAUUCGCAGGUGAAGAUUUGGUUUCAGAAUCGCAGAAUGAAAUGGAGGAACUCGAAAGAAAGAGAAUUGCUAUCUUCCGGUGGUUCCAGGGAACAAACUUUGCCUAAUAAACACAAUCCAAAUCCCGACUUGAGUGACGUUACUUUAGAUAACAAGUCUUCGGAUCAAGAUAUUAGGGAUCAGUCUCUGUGUUCCGAUAGCGUUAGCCUGAUGCAAGACGCCGCUAGUAAUCAAGAGUGUGACACGACAGACGAGGAAGGAGAGAUUAAAGUCCUGUAGACUAUUUAGAUGGAAUAGGUUUUGAUUUGUUACAGUCAAAUCUUAUAAUACUUGUAUAUAGACAUACAGAAGUACAGAAUUUUGAUUUUUUAUUUAAAAAAGUCAGAAUCUGCUUGUAAUUUUAACAACAGUUGUUUAUUGUGGAUACUUCAAACUGUGUUACAAUGAAGCUGUUUACAAAUAAAUGAUCUCAGCUACUCUGUAAUUUAUAACGAAAAAGAAAGAUUUCGAACACUUCUUAACGGAAGCCAUCACAAGUUUUUUAAAUUCGUUCUUAUUCGAUAACGAAGAAAACGCAGAAAGUAGCAUCCAUCGACGUCGGGCAUCGACCAAACGUCUAACUCUGCAUAUCUAGCGACAAUCUCUGCCCAAACAAUAAUGUAUUUAACGCUUCCACAAUACUUAAAAUCUCGAUUUACAGAGAUUCCAUUUUACUUCCAAAUAUUUAAAUAAUGUCAAAAUGAUAUUCUCAAAUUAAGAUUAUUAUAAUUCGGACAAACCGAUUUUAAAUACUGUAAAACAAUUACCGUUUAAAGGAAGAUAGUUACAAAGAUUCAUUCCGAACAAACGUUUAACCACUUUAGAAAACGAGUGAUUUUAAAUAAGUCAUUCGUCAACGAGUAUGAACGUAAAUUAGAAUUUAUAUAAACUAUUCUAUUAGAAAUAGGAAGAAAAUGAAUGGGAAAUUUUAUAGAUUGUUCAUACAAAAAAAAACUCUAAAUCUUACGCAAGAGUCAAAUAAUCACAUUCCAAAAUGCGACUUUUCGUUAGAGGAAUGUCUUCUUUUAAAUCUAUUUCUUCUAUUCGAAAAGAAAUAUUAAUUUCCGCGAAAGUGAAGAACUCCUUGUCAUAUACAAAUAUAUAUAAAUAUAUGCGGUACGGUAUAUAAACUAUAUUUAGGCCUUCUGCAGUGUA